ACGGGAUGGGGAUGCUCGCUUACUGGCCUCUUUUCCCUCAAUAUUCAUGUCUUGUUUGUGCCUCUUCAUUGUUGUUCGUUUUCUUCAUUUCUUUCUGCCAAGGCGCUACCUCACAUCAGAAAUACCAUGAAAACAACCCAACCACCCCCAUCCCAACCGCCCAGCAACUACCUCUAUUUGGCUAUGCCAAAAACAGAGCAACCCACCACAAUUCCACCUUAAACCUCAACUCCUUGUGUCAAGCGAACCUACCGCAAGCUACCCAGUCCAACUGUAAAUCAAUGAGAAUUGCAACCUCUCCUCAACCAUCGUGUAUCCUGAUAGUUGCACUGAAUGGUUGCUCCAUCAACAACCUCCAUGCUCGGGUAUAUGCGUGUCCCUUUGUCCUUCUGACAUAUAAUGCCGUCACCACGUUCAGCACAGGUCUAGUGGCACCUCCGCUCGCUUCCACCGUUUUUGUUGCCCUCAAUGUCUCCCUCCAUCUCGAAGCUUCAACCUCGGCUCAGCCACCCACUGCCCCGACUUCUCAUCAUUGCGCCGGAUUGGACAUCACCUGCUUUCGUGCUCUUUGCCAAACCACUCAGUUCCACCCACCUCUACACCCUCUUCUCGUGAAGAUAGUGGCAGUGAGUAAGGUGCUCAAAUUACUUACGCUAAUCAGUCGGUGAAGUUGCCCAUGGUGACAAAACCAAUGGAUUGAGGAAGCUUGGUUUGGUUUACAUUUCUUUGUUUCCUUAUGUUGUUUCUGGAUUGUGUUGCAUGACCUAGGCCAUUGCUGUAGCAUGCUCUGUUUUUUGGGAUUUUGAUCAGUAGGAUAUAUACACAUGCAGAGCAUUUUAUUCUUCCCCGUUAAUGUUUGAAUCUGGACUUUUAUCUUUCAGCUACUAGAUUAGAAGCUCUCCAACUUGAGGAUCAUAUGAUAUUGAAUAUUAUCCAAAGAAACAUUUUGCAAAGCAUCUUAAAACAA